CUUCAGUGGUAUAUAAACACUGGGCUCUGGGGGAGGAAGUCGCUUUCUCUUCGGCGAGCCUCGUGGCAGCUUCUCCCUCUUGUUUAGUGAGGCGGUGCGGACCAAGCAGCAACCAUGACUAAUAAGGGACCUUCAGUUGGGAUUGAUCUUGGCACCACCUAUUCCUGCGUGGGAGUCUUCCAGCAUGGCAAGGUGGAGAUCAUUGCCAACGACCAGGGAAACAGGACUACGCCAAGCUACGUUGCCUUUACCGACACGGAGAGGCUUAUUGGCGAUGCUGCUAAGAACCAAGUGGCAAUGAACCCCACAAACACAGUAUUUGAUGCAAAGCGUCUGAUCGGUCGCCGGUUUGAUGACGCCGUGGUCCAGUCUGACAUGAAGCACUGGCCUUUCACUGUAAUAAACGAUGCAGGCCGGCCCAAGGUUCAAGUCGAGUACAAAGGAGAAACAAAAAGCUUUUACCCAGAGGAAAUAUCCUCCAUGGUGCUAACCAAAAUGAAGGAGAUUGCCGAAGCGUACUUGGGAAAGAAUGUUACGAAUGCCGUGGUCACAGUCCCAGCCUACUUCAAUGACUCCCAGCGCCAGGCUACAAAAGAUGCGGGAACCAUUGCUGGUCUCAAUGUGCUCCGGAUCAUUAACGAACCAACCGCUGCUGCUAUUGCUUAUGGCUUGGAUAAAAAAGUUGGUGCUGAGAGAAACGUCUUAAUCUUUGAUCUGGGAGGCGGCACCUUUGAUGUCUCCAUCCUCACCAUUGAAGAUGGCAUCUUUGAAGUCAAGUCCACGGCAGGCGACACCCACUUGGGUGGGGAAGACUUUGACAACCGCAUGGUCAACCAUUUCAUUGCAGAGUUCAAGCGGAAGCACAAGAAGGACAUCAGCGACAACAAGCGCGCUGUCCGCCGCCUCCGCACGGCCUGCGAGCGCGCCAAGCGCACCCUGUCCUCCAGCACUCAGGCCAGCAUCGAGAUCGACUCCCUGUACGAAGGCAUCGACUUCUACACUUCGAUCACCAGGGCCCGCUUCGAGGAGCUGAAUGCAGACUUGUUCCGCGGCACUCUGGAUCCUGUGGAGAAAGCCCUGAGGGACGCCAAGCUGGAUAAAUCUCAGGUCCAUGACAUUGUGCUGGUUGGCGGGUCCACCCGAAUCCCCAAGAUCCAAAAGCUGCUCCAGGACUUCUUCAAUGGCAAAGAGCUCAAUAAGAGCAUCAACCCGGACGAAGCAGUCGCGUAUGGUGCAGCUGUCCAAGCUGCUAUUCUGUCUGGUGACAAGUCAGAAAACGUUCAGGACUUGCUGCUGCUGGAUGUGACUCCCUUGUCCCUGGGCAUUGAAACGGCCGGAGGGGUCAUGACGGUCCUGAUCAAGCGCAACACCACCAUCCCCACCAAGCAGACUCAGACCUUCACCACGUACUCUGACAACCAGCCUGGUGUCCUGAUUCAGGUUUAUGAGGGGGAGAGAGCCAUGACCAAGGACAAUAACUUGCUGGGCAAGUUUGAACUAACCGGCAUCCCUCCCGCUCCGAGGGGCGUCCCUCAGAUUGAGGUUACCUUCGAUAUUGAUGCCAAUGGCAUCCUGAACGUUUCUGCAGUAGAUAAGAGCACUGGCAAGGAGAACAAGAUCACCAUCACCAAUGACAAAGGUCGUCUAAGUAAGGAAGAUAUUGAGCGCAUGGUCCAGGAAGCUGAGAAAUACAAGGCAGAGGAUGAGAAACAGCGUGACAAAGUGUCAUCCAAGAAUUCCCUGGAAUCCUAUGCUUUCAAUAUGAAGGCCACCGUGGAAGACGAGAAGCUGCAAGGCAAGAUCAGUGACGACGACAAGCAGAAGAUCUUGGAUAAGUGUAAUGAGAUCAUUAACUGGCUGGAUAAAAAUCAGACGGCCGAGAAGGAAGAGUUUGAGCACCAGCAGAAGGAGCUGGAGAAGGUUUGCAACCCCAUCAUCACCAAGCUGUACCAGAGUGCGGGCGGGAUGCCUGGUGGGAUGCCCGGAGGCUUCCCUGGCGGCGGAGCUCCUCCCUCCGGAGGGGCCUCUUCUGGGCCGACCAUCGAGGAGGUGGAUUAAGCGGCCGAAGAAGACUCCAUUCCAGUCCUGUGGGCGGGCGCCCCCGGACAGACCCGGACUCAGUUCGACUCCUAAUACUUAACUUCAAGGGCAUUCUUGAUCAUACUUGGAACCAUGUGCACAGACAGGGAGGGAAGGCAAACAUUUGCACUUUACCAGUACUGUAAAAACAAAAAGUUCAAAUGCAAACUUGAGUCCUAAUAAAUGAAACUUAUUUAAUUGGCAAAUUGAUAAAA